GGACACGGCCACACUUGCCCACCGAUCGCGACUUUGUUUGUGUUAAAAAUGACGCGCAUCUCGUUUUGUUCUUGUAAUAUUGCUCACGGUUUAUAAAAUAGUCACACGAAAAAACUCUACCCGGUCAAAUUAUUAUACGCGUGUUCUUGGCUAGCACAUUUGUUUAAUUUUUGAAAGAACAGUGCGGUCGUUCCUCCACAUACAAAUACAAACAAACUUGUGAGUGUAGGUGUGUACAAAAAAAACCUCAAGCAUUUACUCGGGCACCGCCUUAACUGUACAAACGGAAAUAAAUAAAGUUUUGAUUAAAUACGGCCGCAAUAAAACAUAAAUAUCUAUUCAGCAAUACCAACCCACCAUAAAAUUGUAAUCAAUCAUGUUAAAGUUUAUCCGAGGAAAAGGCCAGCAGCCCAGUGCCGAGAGACAACGCCUACAGAAGGACCUAUUUGCUUAUCGUAAGACGGCACAGCAUGGCUUUCCUCAUAAGCCUUCGGCUCUUGCGUAUGAUCCAGUUUUAAAAUUAAUGGCAAUAGGAACGCAAUCAGGGGCUUUAAAGGUUUUCGGUCAACCCGGAGUUGAGUUGUACGGACAGCAUACCUUGGUGAACAAUUCUGCAUCGGAGCUUAAUGUACAGUUACUUGAAUGGGUUUAUGGAACUGGUCGCAUACUUUCCUUGACGGCGGCGAAUCAAUUAAUUCUAUGGGAGCCCGUUGGAACCACGUUGCUGCCAAUCAAAACACUACCAUUUGACGGAAAACUUAAAAAAGUUUCAUCGCUGUGCUGUUCUUUCAGUAAGGAUCUGCUAUGGAUUGGAACUGAAGGUGGCAACAUCUAUCAACUUGAUUUACACACAUUUACCAUUAAGGAGCCUGUAAUUUACCACGAUGUCGUGUUAGAGCAGGUGCCACCAGCCUACAAGCUAAACCCUGGUGCAAUUGAGUCAAUCCGCCAGCUUCCAAACUCCCCUAGCAAACUGCUUGUUGCAUACAAUCGCGGCCUGUGUGUUUUAUGGGACUUUGAAACCGCCUCUGUCGAGCGAGCAUACAUAGCUCCCGGACAUGGGCAGAGUGUUGGUCUUUCAGUGAAUUUCGGAGGAACUGAAUUUAGCUGGUAUCAUGCUGAUGGUUCGUACGCCACUUGGAGCAUCGAUAACCCAGAACCACCAUCGAAUGUUAAUUACGUGCCUUAUGGACCUGAUCCAUGCAAGAGCAUAAACCGACUGUACAAAGGCAAGCGAAGAUCCAACGAUGUAAUUGUUUUUUCCGGCGGCAUGCCCCGUUCAGCAUAUGGUGAUCACAAUUGUGUGUCAGUUCACGUCAGCGAUGGACAAAAAGUGUGUCUUGACUUUACGUCUAAAGUGAUUGACUUUUUUGUAACCUUUAAAGACAAUAGUGACGUCGCUGAAGUUCUUGUUGUACUUCUUGAAGAGGAACUCUGCGCCUACGAUCUUACUGACUCUAAUAUUUCUGCUAUCAAAGCGCCUUAUCUUCACUCUGUACAUGCAUCAGCUGUUACCUGCAAUUACCUUGCUUCUCAAGUCAUACAGCCGGUAUAUGAAAGCAUUUUACGAGCUGGCGACGAACAAGACAUUGAUUAUAGCAAUAUAAGCUGGCCCAUCACUGGCGGUACACUCCCGGAUGACUUAGAAGAAUCUGUAGAAGAGGACGCGACUAAGCUUUACGAGAUUCUGUUAACUGGUCACGAAGAUGGUUCUGUUAAAUUUUGGGACUGUACUGGAGUUUUGCUUAAACCAAUUUAUAAUUUUAAAACUAGCAGCAUCUUUGGAAGUGAGUCGGACUUCCGAGAUGACGCAGCAGCAGAUAUGAGUGCUGAACAAGUCGACGAAGGAGAACCGCCUUUUCGAAAAUCAGGUCUUUUUGAUCCUUAUUCGGAUGAUCCUCGUUUAGCAGUGAAGAAAAUAGCAUUCUGCCCAAAAACCGGACAACUUAUUGUUGGUGGCACAGCGGGUCAAAUUGUUAUAGCCGACUUUAUUGACGUAGCUGAAAAAGUAUCUUUGAAAUACAGCUCAAUGAAUUUGGUCAGCGACCGUGAUGGAUUUGUGUGGAAGGGUCACGAUCAGUUAAACGUGCGAUCUAACUUAUUAGACGGAGACGCGAUUCCUACAACGGAACGUGGUGUAAAUAUAUCAGGAGUUUUGCAAGUUUUGCCGCCAGCAAGCAUUACAUGCAUGGCACUUGAAGCAAGUUGGGGCCUUGUAUCUGGUGGCACUGCGCACGGUUUAGUACUCUUUGACUUCAAAAACUUUGUUCCAGUAUUUCAUCGUUGCACAUUAAACCCGAAUGAUCUUACUGGAGCAGGAGAGCAGCUGUCCCGUCGAAAGUCUUUUAAGAAAUCAUUGAGGGAAUCAUUUAGAAAGCUUCGCAAGGGUCGAUCGACUAGGACCAACCAGAGCAAUCAGGUACCAACAACGCUGGAAGCUCGACCCGUCGAGAGACAAAUAGAGGCACGUUGUGCAGAUGACGGGCUGGGAUCCAUGGUGCGGUGUUUACUAUUUGCCAAGACUUAUGUUACUAACGUGAACAUAACGUCGCCAACUUUGUGGUCUGCAACAAAUGCCAGUACCGUUUCGGUUUUUCUUUUGCAUUUGCCACCAGCGCAGACCGCUGCAACUGCCGUCCCGUCGGCAAGUGGCAAUGCUCCACCACAGAUGCCGCGCCGCGUUUCCGCGCAGCUUGCUAAAGAAAUUCAAUUAAAACAUCGUGCUCCUGUGGUGGGUAUUUCUAUUUUUGAUCAGACGGGUAGCCCUGUCGAUCAGUUGAACACCGGUGAAAACGGAAGUCCACCGCAUCGUGUGCUUAUUGCUUCCGAGGAACAGUUCAAAGUGUUUUCACUUCCGCAACUAAAGCCGAUAAACAAAUAUAAGCUAACCGCUAACGAGGGUGCUCGAAUUCGACGCAUCCAUUUCGGUUCGUUUAGUUGUCGCAUAUCGCCGGAAAUACUGCAGAGUAUGCACGGCGGUAGCCCAACUAAGUCUACGCGCUCAAACGGCGAUGGAGAGGCGGCUGCUAAUAUCAGUGGAAGCUUGGCUGCUGGUCGUGGAGAUGUGUAUAACGAAACUGCAUUAAUAUGUUUAACGAAUAUGGGCGAUAUCAUGGUUUUAUCAGUACCUGAAUUAAAAAGGCAGCUGAAUGCGGCAGCAGUGCGACGGGAAGACAUUAAUGGAAUUUCGUCGCUUUGCUUUACGAACUCAGGGGAAGCACUGUAUAUGAUGUCUUCUUCCGAACUGCAGCGUAUUGCUUUAGCCACGUCCACAGUCGUGCAACCCACUGGAAUUGUUCAAGUAGAACCAUUAGAGAAUGAUGAGUCAGUGCUAGAAGAAAAUGAUGUAGAUAAUGUUAAGGAAACAUUUGCAAGUGAUGAAGUGGUGAAUGCACCUGAACUUAAAGAUCCACCAGUCAUUUCACCAUCCACGAGGCCUGCAGAGGAAAAUGUUGAUAGAAAUAGUCUUCAGCAAAUUAAUGGAGUCUACAUUUCAAAUUCACCUAAUCAAGCAAACGAAACUAUCACCAGCUCUAUUGGCGAUAUUACCGUUGACUCGGUGCGCGACCAUUUAAAUCUGACGACAACCACGUUGUGUUCUAUUAAUACAGAGGAAACAAUUGGUCGCCUAUCUGUGCUUAGCACGCAAACCAACAAAGCAACUACGACCGUGAAUAUGAGCGAUAUUCCAAAUAUAAAUAUUUCUAAUUUAGAGGAUUUGGAAUCGAAGAGAAACACGACGGAGACGAGUACUAGUUCUGUAGUAAUUAAGUCUAUAAUUACAAACAUAUCUCACGAAAAAACGAACGGAGACAGCAAAAUAGGAACGCCAAAAACAGCGCCUGAAGAAAGCCAAUUUUAAUAAAUAAAAUUAAAUGCGAUUUUUAGAUACCAAUAGAAAUGACAAUGAUAAUAUAAGAAAUUUAUUUGUAGUUAUGCUUAAGCGAUAAUGUUUGAGAAUACUGUUCCAAAUCCAUAUACUUUAUUUAUAAUUUUACGUUGACCGCGACUGUUAUGUUAUAGUAAUGUUUCAUGUAUUUUCACGCAGUGAGCCUAUACCCGUUACCCGUAGAGUAAAACGAAAUAUUAUAUAUUUUUUGAGAGGUACAAGAGAUAAAAAUGAGCAUUUACGGCCAUUUGUGAAAUAUUAAAA